UUCACGUUUGGUUUUAUGCUGAGUGUGAUGACAGUAAAGCGGACUCUGGUUCCAAAAUAAGAAAAACAAGGGUACUUUACAUGAAUCAUAGAUGUAUAAAUAAACAUUAAGUCAUAGCCUUCUAAAAAGUCGCUCGGUGAGUCAUUGCUCUUCUAGGAGCUGGAAAUCAAAUAAAAUUCUGCUGGCUGAUGUAACAGUGAAAGCUGUAAAGGCAGUUUUAAUUUUCUGUUGUGAAUGUUCACAGAAAGACCCAGAAAAUUCCAGAAAUUUGGUGAAAGGUGUUCGUUGCUUCGACGGAAGAAAAAAAGAGAAAACAAUGUAACCAGGGAAACCGGUCUGUGGUUUGCAAUGGAAAAGCCCUUACGUAGUGAACGUGAUGACGUGGGAGGCGUAACCUCAUAGACGUAACAAACCGACAUGUUUUGACAUGCCGCACACAGUCCCAGACCUCAGUCACUCAGUGAGCACCAGACGGAGAGCACCACAGCUGGAGAGCACCACAGCCCGCAGUCCUCAGUCUUUCUCCCGGGUCUUCUAAUGGUUCACAUCACAGACUUCAUGCUCGGCUUCACUGUUCCUCUCUUGACUUUCUUGGUACCCUUCACUACGGCAGCCCGGACGGACGUUGAUUCUCAGCCUCAGGUGAUUGGAUCCCUUGAGCCAAUUGUUGCUGUUCUGGGCGAUGAUGUCAUUCUGCCAUGCCACCUGGAGCCCAAAUUCAACGUGCAGCGUCUGACAGUAGAAUGGUCGAAGCCUGACCUCAAGCCAGACCCCUUGGACCCGCUGAGCCGGGUCGAGUACGUGCACCUUUACAGGGACCGACAAGAAGUCCCGGACAUGAAGAUCGAGUCGUACAUCAGGAGGACGGCUCUGUUCACUGACGAGCUGAGAGAGGGAAACAUUUCGCUGAAGAUCAUGAACGUGACGCUUGCAGAUGCGGGCAGAUACAGAUGUUUCAUCCCCAAGUUAAAAAGCAGAGUGAAGGAGUCGGUUAUUUACCUUACUGUUGUACCAAAAACUGUUACAACAACAGAGACGCCGCUGCAUCCCCAGACUCCAGAUCCAAAUGAGACAGAUGUUAAAGGUGGUCGGAGCAAUCAUGGUUUGUGGAUCUUUAUGGGGGUUGCCUGCAUCUUACUGAUCCUGGGCAGUGGAGUCGCUGGAUAUUUAUUGAUACACAGGCGUGAAAAACAAAAUCAUACAAAGUAUGACAUGGCCUCAACCAUAGCCCUUCCAACCUAGGUGCCUUGCUCAAAGACACGUUUGAGGUAUUUGUUAAUGGAGAUCGGAGCUAGGAUUUAAAUCAUCAGCAUAUCUGACGGGACCAGCAGCAGAGAGAUCUCCUUGAUGGAUGCAGAUUAUCAUCGGAACAGAAUGCACAGUCUGAUUUGAAGGUGACCCUCAAUGGCCUUUGACGACUGUAUGAUUCGCUGGAGGAAUCCGAUCCCUGUGAAAACAGGCAAAUUCAAAAGCAACACCUGAUGAAAUCUUCCUGAGCAUGUUUGGUCAAAAGAAGUCCAGCCCGCAGAAGAACUGUGCCAAAACCUUGAACCCUAUUUUGGACUCACCACGAUCAGCAACAGGAUUGCUGUGCAUCUGCCAAAGACUUUUGUUUUCUGUUAAAAGAAAGAAGCCAAAUUUAGGCCAGCAGUACUUUUUUUGGACUAUCUUUUCGUGAAGAUGAUAGCUAUGGUAUUUCACCUGACCUCAAAGAGAGCCAUGACGGAUGGAAAGGAUGACGACAAGUUUGUUUCGUCAUCGUCUGCCCUUCCAAAAGAGGAUAAUUGUGAGUGAAAUACUUCAUUAGCAAACAGACUUUUUUAGGCCUGUUGUUGUAGUAGAUGACACAUCAGGCUCUGUUGGUAACCUCCACGACAUUUUGCUACGAGCUGGUUGCACCAGUUGUUUGUAACUUAGCCUAGUCACUAAAUAAAAACAGUUUGCACCUUACAAAGUACCUCUAUCACAAAAAUGAUGCGUCACACACACACACCACCGCCCAUCCAGACCACUCUUUCCUGGGCGAUAGUGUGAGCAAGCGAGGUGUGUGUUUAUGUAUCUGCCGGGCUCCAGACUGCAACUAUUUAGUGGCAUUUUGCGACCAUGGAGCACCCGUGCAACUUGCAAAUACUAUUAAUGCAUGAAUUGGAGAGCUGUUAGUUUAUUCACUGUGAGCAGGAAGUAAACUAUCAAUGUUAAAGCCACUACAGUAACAGCUUAACCUAAUUUGUUUAACAAUAGUUUGAGCAGUUGAGACGCAUAUUUUUGAAUCUGCCGGGCUCCAGACUGCAAAUAUGUAGUGGCAUUUUGCGACCAUGGAGCACCAGUGCAAAUUGCAAAUACGAAUGUAUAAACUUGAGAGCUGAUAGUUUACUUCCUGCUCACAUUGAAUACAUCCUCACGGUUUAACUUAACUCCAACUGCUAACAACAACUGUUGACCAGAACCUUCACGUUCACAUCAAAAACAUCAACGCUUCCUACCAGAGACAAGGUGCCACUUUAUUUACUUUACUUGAAUUAUUUUUAUGACAGUACUUUAAUGUUAUUAUGUAACACUAGCUACUUUAUUUAAAUCUAUUGUAACAAUAUGUUAUUUAGCACUUAAGCACUUCAUUUUAGUUGUCUACGGUAGUAAAGAUGAAUUUCAAAAUAUCACGAUAUAGACUGUGUAUCAUGAUUUAGCCUAAAAAUAUUGUGAUAUCAGUUAUAGCCAAUAUUGCUCCGCCCUGCAACCACUAAUCUCCAGGUGUAACGUUAGCUUGCUAAUAUCUCACCUGAGUUAAGAAUAAGGUUAACACAUGAGCAAAUGUGGGCGAGUGAUCGUCGUCUAACGAGGCGAUAUUCAUGAUGAGCGUGGGCAGUGCCUGAUGUGACGCAGAACUACCUCUCUAAAGCAUGAUGUUAUCUGUGCAUAUUCCAUUUUCUUACAUUUCAUGCCUGUCUCCUAAAUCGCUGUCAGCCAGGCAGCAUCUCUCAUGUGUGGCACUUUGUAUUUUUUAGGGCCAAAAUUGUAAAAAUGUCUGCUUAGCAAAGAGUCCGACUCAUUGUCAUGGACAGAAUUUCCUAAGUUUUCCACGACUUUCCAAGGACCCUUUAUGGCAUUCCCAUGACCAUUCAGAAUGUAUCACAUGACCAGAACUGUAAGGUACACUUAACCGUUUUGUUACUUAACAGAUGAUUGCCAACAUAAGCUAAACCAAAGUAAUAAAUACACAGAAUAAAAAAAGAUUAAUCUGUUGUGCCUGUGAAACUGUUAUUUUCCGAGGUUGGGCUAACUUGUCUGGCAUUUCCAAGCAAUUGAUCAACACAUUGCCAAAGUCUUUCCUGAGCUAAGACGUUUAAUGGUGCAACUUGAUUUAGCAAAUCACUGAAUAUCUGGUGCAACCCAAUCCAGAGUUUCAGCUUAUUUACACUGGAUGAAGAAGAAAAAUGGGUAUAUUUUUUGUUUUUUUAUGAUUAAUUUAUUUAACAUGUAAUUAAUUCUCCCACCUGUUUAGACUGAUUAUAAAUCACAGUUAAUAGUGUUACAACAGUGGCUAUGUUUACAUGCACACUAAUAUUCAGCUGUUAUUUCAAAUUUAAACAGCAAUAUUCCAUGUCGAUAUAAAGAAUUAGGCUUUUUUAUUUCUGGCCAAAUUCUGGCACAAGUGACAGCCGUUCCAAUUUUCCAUAUUUUGGUGUGAUAAAUGACUUGUUGUGACACGUUAAUCAGAGUGCGCACGGCUGCAUGUAAAUGUAAAUUUUAGUUUGAUAUUCAUUUUCAUUAGUCGGUAUGUUGUCUUUUUUGGAAAAAGGGCAAAAACUGAAAUAUAUUGUGCAUGUAAACAUAAUCAGUGUGAUUUAAAAGAGGGUGGUGUGUCUGACACUUACUUAUGUUUGAGUAAUAACUGAUUUGAGGUCACCACACCUUGUUUCAUGUGUCAGUGUGACUGAAAGUGAGCCCACAGUGAGGGUGUGUGACCGGGUGUGUCCUAAAUUGAAACAUGAUAAAAUGAUAGACUUCAAACGGCAAUUUUCUGGCACAUGUGAUUCUUUAAGAUUAAGAAAUAGCUCAGCUGAAGUUGAAGCCAUCUCCAUGCUGUUGACAUCUACCGUGAGCGUGCCUUUGAGCAGGACACCGAGCCCUCGCUGUAGUUCUGUAUAUUCAUUGUUGCAUUGUUAUGUUCAAUAUUUUAAAAAAAAAAAAGUCCAAAAAAGUUUGGAUGUGUUUUUCUGUACCUCUUGCACUUUGAAUCAGUUUAUAAGACUGACCUCUGCUAUGUUAAUCUGUUUAAGCACUGACUUAAAAUCUGAAGAAAAAAAGCGGAUUAAAUGUUACUUUCUGUUUCAGGGAUAUUACAAUGCAGCACAGUAUUUAGAGUUUUUACAUCAAAGUAUUGUAUGCUUUUACGUACAAGUAUUGUAUGCCUUUACAUUAAAGUAUUGUAUGCUUCAAUGUUUAAUUGAACACAGGGUACAAGAGACCGAAUAAACUAUAUUUCUAAAAUAA